AAACAGUUCCCUCCUUCUCCCAAAUUAGCAUUUUCAGUUUGACCAAAGAGAUCCAAAAACAGCAAACCUGUUGAAAUGGCUGUCAAGAGGGUUGAAAUGGCCCUUGUCCUGUUCUCCGUCCUCGUGCUAUGGAAUGGCACUGCUGCUCAAUCGGGCUGCACAAGUGCGCUCAUGAGCUUAUCGCCGUGUCUCAACUAUGUCGACGGCAAUUCAUCAACACCGUCACCUUCAUGUUGCUCGCAGCUGAGUAACAUCGUUCAGUCGCAGCCUCGCUGCCUUUGCUCGUUGCUCAAUGGCAGUGGCUCCUCAAUGGGAAUCACUGUGAAUCAGACACUUGCUUUGGCACUCCCUGGGGCUUGCGAUGUUCAGACUCCACCAGUUAGCGAGUGUAAUGGCCAACAUAAAGCUGCAACCGCAAGCGCACCAGCAAAUUCAGCAGUACCUAUCCCAGGCCCAGCAAGUGCUCCAGUGGGUUCUCCGGCAGAGUCCCCAGCUGAUUCAUCCGAUGACACUCCAACCACGGGAUCAGAUUCAGAUAUUCCAUCAGAAGGAACAGGUUCUAAAACAGUCCCUAUGACUGGCGUCUCAUCCGAUGGAAUCACCAUCAAAUCGACCCUACACAUUGCAGUUUUCCUCGUCUUUGUCAUCUCAUCUGCUUCUGCUGCCACCGGAUUCUGAGAUAGUGCUAAAGAAUGUGAAGAACAUGGUUCUUUUUCUUUUCUUUUUUUUACAUAUAGAAGAGUGAAUGUCUUCGUUACUGUCAUUGUAAUUCUUUGUUUUGCCAUUCGGGGAAAAUUGGUUCUGAGAGUGUGACAAUUUUCCUCGAAUGGCAAAAUAAAGAAUUGCUUAUGUUUUGAGUCCAUUAAAUCAAAGAUUGUCAGGAAGCCUUGCUUAUUUCAGUACUGUUUGAAACUUUGAAGAACACCGCAGAAAACAAUUACGGGGUCUGUUUCUAGUCGAGCAAACAUCAGAAACAAGUUCAAAUAUUUGAGGGGAAAUUGUGUACUCAUUUGCCAAAAAAUUUACAUCUGACUUGUGUAUAAAAGGAGUGCUAGCUACAGACACAGACCUGAGAUGCCCAGACAUGCACGUGGGUCUAGCACAACGUAUGUGGGACUCACCCACAUAUAUGUUCGUAUCUAUAUUCUUCCGUUUGUGUCCGUAGCAUUUUUGUACAAC